AUGGAUUUCAUAGUAAAAACAUUUAAAGAAAAUAAAGGGUUUUUUGUAGCAGUUGCUUAUGGUGUUACAUCAGUAUCGAUUACCUUUUUCAAUAAAGCAGUUUUAAAUUAUUAUGGUUUCAAUUUUUCAAAUUCAUUAACACUUGGUCAAAUGAUAUUUUCACUUUUUUUUUUAGUAACAAUGAAAACAUUUGGUUACAUAUCAUAUCCAGAUUUUAAUCUUGAUUUAUGUAAAAAGUUAGCAUCAUUAUCUCUUUUAUUCAUUUUAAUGGUAAUUUCAGGUUUAGCAGCAUUAGCAAAGACAAAUGUACCAUUAUUUAGCGCAUUGAGAAGACUUUCAACAUUGAUUGUUAUUGUAGGGGAAGGAUUUUUAUUAGGUAAAGUUACACCAACUGAUGAAGUUCAAUCAGUAGUUGUUAUGGUUUUAGGUGCAUUAAUUGCUGGUUUAGGUGAUGCAACAUUUGAUUUUGUUGGUUCAAUUUAUAUUUUAUUCAAUUGUUUUGUAACUGCUGGUUAUUUAAUUUAUAUUGCAAAGAAAACAAAAGAAACACAAUUAAAUACAUUUGGUUUAAUGUUUUAUUGUAAUAUUUUAUCAUUACCAGCAACUAUAAUCUUAACAUUUAUAACUGAAUGGGAAGGUAUUUCAACUUUUGAAGGUUAUGGAAAUAUUGGUUUCCAAUUUUGUUUCUUUAUGUCAUCAAUUCAAGCAUUUUUAUUAAAUUAUUUCAUAUUUUUAUGUUCAACAAUGAAUUCACCAUUAACAACAUCAAUCACUGGUCAAAUAAAGUCAAUCCUCCAAACAAUUAUAGGUUUAUUUAUGUUUGGUGAUGUUAUUAUAACUCCAUUACUUUCAUUUGGUUUAAUAUUUAGUACACUUGCAAGCUUUUGGUAUUCUUAUAUCAAGUAUGCCCAAACUCGUGCUCGUGCACUUGCCUCUUCAAGUUAA